ACCGUAGCAGCGGCUGGCAAUAGCGAGCGUUGCGCCUCCCCCCCAGGUGCCAUUGAGCCGCCGCUCCGACGUCUCCUCAACCCCUCUCUCCAUCAUCUAAUCAAUCCGUUAACCUCUCUCACAUCCCUUUCGGGAUCCUUCGAUGGAGACUGAGAUAUCGGAACAGCUUCUCCAUCCGCGCAAGAGCGUGGGCGGCGAAAGCGAGGAGAGCAUCCCUCAAUGGAGGGACCAGAUCACGGCCCGCGCGCUCGCCGUGAGCGCCAUGCUGGGGACCUUGUUCUGCAUUCUGUUUCACAAGCUCAACCUGACCGUCGGCGUAGUGCCGUCCCUGAACAUCGCUGCCGGGCUGCUAGGGUUCUUCUUCAUCAAGUCAUGGACGGAAUUCGCGUCGCGGAUGGGCCUCUCGGCGGCGCCCUUCACGCGCCAGGAGAAUACGGUGAUCCAGACCCGCGUGGUUGCGUGCUUCGGGCUCGCCGGCAAUGGUGGAGGUUCAUACUUGAUUGCAAUGGAUGAAAAGAUAUAUCAGCUCAUUGGUGCUGAUUAUCCUGGUAAUCGGGCAGCAGAUGUUAAGAACCUAGGCUUGGGAUGGAUGAUCGUGUUCUUGAUUAUCAUCAGCUUUCUGGGACUCUUUAGCCUUGUUCCUCUUCAAAAGGUUAUGAUCUUGGAUUAUAAGCUUGCUUAUCCAAGCGGCACUGCAACAGCUAUGCUAAUAAACAGCUUUCACACAAACAGCAGAGCAGAACUUGCUGGCAAGCAGGUUAGUUGCCUCGGGAAAUGCUUGAGCAUAAGUCUGUCAUGGAGCUGCUUCAAGUGGUUCUUCAACGGUAUUGGCGAUUCAUGUGGAUUCGAUCAUUUUCCCGGCCUUGGCUUGACUCUGUUUAAGAACACGUUCUAUUUCGACUUCAGCCCGACUUAUGUUGGAUGUGGUCUCAUCUGUCCCCACAUCGUUAACUGUUCGGUUCUACUCGGGGCAAUUAUAUCAUGGGGUUUCCUCUGGCCUUUCAUUUCAGAACAUGCCGGGGAUUGGUAUCCAGCUGAUCUUGGCAGCAAUGACUUCAAAGGUCUCUACGGGUAUAAGGUUUUCAUAGCUAUUUCACUUACUUUCGGGGACGGUCUCUACAAUUUGAUCAAGAUAACAAGAAUAACUGUUAAAGAGAUGUUCGACGAAGGCAGUAACACUAGCAACCUGCCGAUCAUCACGGAGUCUCUUGAUGGUGAGAGUUCCAAGAUACCGAUGGAACAGAGGAAAAGAGAUCAUAUAUUUUUGAAAGACCGAAUGCCCUUCUGGUUUGCAGCUUCCGGCUACGUGGGCCUUGUCGCGAUAUCCACAGUGACGAUUCCAAUGAUCUUUCCGCCUCUUCGAUGGUAUUUGGUUCUAUGUUUGUACAUCAUUGCUCCUGCCCUUGCCUUCUGCAACUCUUAUGGUACUGGGCUAACAGACUAUAACUUGUCCUCGACUUAUGGAACGAUUGGACUCUUCGUGAUUGCAUCUUUGGUUGGGUCCAAUGGGGGCGUGAUAGCCGGUUUAGCAGCAUGUGGGGUUAUGACGUCCAUUGUCUCGACAGCCGCCGAUCUUAUGCCAGAUUUCAAGACAGGUUACCUAACUUCAUCAUCUGCAAAAUCAAUGUUCGCGAGUCAGCUGGUCGGAACUGCCAUGGGUUGUGUAAUCGCACCGCUCACGUUUUGGUUGUUUUGGACUGCUUUUGAUGUCAGUUCACCCGACGGACCGUACAAAGCGCCAAACGCUGUGAUAUGCAGGGAAAUGGCAAUCCUGGCCAGUGAGGGCUUCUCCGAGCUUCGCAAGAACUGUCUCGCCAUGUGCCUCGGUUUUUUCGUGGCAGCUCUGGUUAUAAACCUCCUGAGGGACAUGACCCCCAAGACGGUCUCGCAGUUCAUCCCGAUUCCGAUUGCAAUGUCUAUCCCGUUCUACAUUGGAGCCUACUUUGCGAUCGACAUGUUUGUGGGGACCGUAAUAUUGUUCUUCUGGGAGAGAAUCAACGAGAAGGACGCGGAGGACUAUGCCAAAGCCGUUGCUUCAGGUCUAAUAUGCGGCGAUGGUAUAUGAACCAUUCCAGCAUCUAUACUUUCUAUCUUUGGGAUCAACCCGCCUAUCUGCAUGUACUUUCGGCCUUCCUCAAGUGGCUGAGUGCUAAAACCCCCCGGACCUUCAUUGUAAUUAUGCUCUCUGCAGACUUGCAACUCUCUUGGAGAUUGUCGAUGGAAAAAUAUUUGCA